AUGGCAUUGGAAGAAGUGGUACGAUACCUAGGGCCUCAUAACGAGAUUCCUCUGACACUUACUAGAGACUCUGAGACUGGCCAUUUCCUCCUGAAGCAUUUUCUACCUAUUUUGCAGCAAUAUCAUGACACGGGAAAUAUUAACGAGACCAACCCCGACAGUUUCCCCACUGAUGAGGAAAGAAAUAAAUUACUGGCACAUUAUGGAAUUGUUGUGAAUACCGACGAUCAAGGUGAGUUAUGGAUAGAGCUAGAAAAAUGUUUACAAUUAUUAAACAUGCUAAAUUUAUUCGGUUUGUUUCAGGAUGCAUUCGAAUUUGAGGAACCUGAAACAGAUCAGGAUGAAGAGGACCCCGGUCAUUCAGAAGAACCAGAAAACAAGACCAAAAAUGAAAAUUCUAAGGAUAAUAUCAGUUCAAAGAGGAUUAAUAAUUUACAAGAUAUGGAUGUAGAUGCCGAUGCCCACAGAGAAUUAGGCUCUCCUCUGAAGAAGCUAAAAAUAGACACCUCUAUGAUAGAUGCUGAAAGUGACUCGACUCCAAAUACUAUCACAGGUAAGUCCAACAAUGAUAUUAAUAAGGGCCCUACCGGCGACAGUGAGCAUAACAACGAUACUGAUAACAACGAGAGGACUGCUGAACCUAUUGUCACAUUCACUCAUGACCUAACUUCUGACUUUUUGAACAGUCCUUUGAAAAUCAUGAAGGCAUUAGCUUCUCCAGUUGUAAAUGAUAAUGAACAGAAGAUGAAACUGGAGGCAUUCUUACAACGGUUGUUGUUUCCAGAAAUUCAAGAAAUGCCUACAUCCCUGAAUAACGACGACAGUAAUAGAAAUUCCGAAGGGGAAAGCUCAAACCAGCAACAGCAGCUCGUAUCAUUUGAUAGCGUUUUGCAAGAGGUAAACGACGCUUUUCCGAACACUCAAUUAAAUCUUAAUAUUCCCGUUGAUGAGCAUGGAAACACACCAUUGCAUUGGUUAACUUCAAUAGCAAAUCUCGAAUUAGUGAAAAACCUGGUCAAGCAUGGUUCAAAUAGACUAUAUGGUGAUAAUAUGGGGGAGUCGUGCCUAGUGAAAGCUGUCAAAUCAGUGAAUAAUUAUGACUCCGGUACCUUUGAAGCGCUCCUAGAUUAUCUAUAUCCGUGUUUGGUUUUGGAAGACUCAAUGAACAGAACAAUUCUGCAUCAUAUCAUUAUCACAUCUGGUAUGGCUGGUUGUUCGUCUGCUGCCAAGUACUAUUUGGACAUUUUGAUGGGAUGGAUUGUUAAGAAACAAAAUAGACCUAUUCAAAGUGAUGUCAGUGACAAAGAAAGCAAAAUAAAUGACGGAAACGGAAAAAAAAAGGACCCUAUACUAGAAAAUUUGGACCUGAAAUGGAUAAUAGCAAACAUGCUCAAUGCACAGGACUCUAAUGGUGAUACUUGUCUAAAUAUUGCAGCAAGAUUGGGGAACAUUUCAAUAGUAGACGCUUUAUUAGAUUACGGUGCAGACCCAUUUAUUGCAAAUAAAUCAGGUUUAAGACCCGUGGAUUUUGGGGCAGGUACUUCAAAAUUACAAAAUAGCAGCGGCGGUGAUGAAAACUCGAAGAUGGUUUCUAAAGGAGAUUUUGACGGCCAAAACAACGGAAAAGCCAAAAAAAUAAGGUCUCAACUGUUGAAAAACCCUCCUGAAACGACCUCGUUAAUUAAUGAUGUUCAAAAUUUACUGAAUUCCAUCUCAAAAGAUUAUGAGAGUGAGACAGUGCAAUAUAAUGAGAAAUUGGAAAGCCUGCAUAAAGAAUUAAACGAACAGCGAGAAAAAUUAGCUAAUUCAAGAGACCAAUUAGCAAAUGUGAAGCAAUUAAAAGACGAAUAUUCAUUAAUGCAAGAGCAAUUGACCAAUCUAAAAGCAGGAAUUGAAGAAGAAGAGGAAAGUUUUAGAGAAGAGAGCAAAAAGCUGGGAAUUAUUGCUGAUGAAAGUUCAGGUAUUGAUUGGGACUCCAGCGAAUAUGAUGCAGAUGAACCGUUCAAAGUGGAAUUCCUUUCAGAUUUCUUGGAGAAUAAAUUACAAAAGGAUUAUGACGGCGAUAUUUCCAAACUAUUAGAAUCGGAGCCAAAAGAACAGAUAAUGGAACAGAUACGAAAUCAAUUUCCCGUAGAAAAAAUCAAAUCGAUGCUUCCACCAACGGUCUUAUUGAAGGCAAGAAUAAAUGCAUACAGGAGGAACGAUAAACACCUAAGCAAUGUCUUGCAAACUAUCAGUACCAAUCAAUCAGAAUUGGAGAAUAAAUUUAAAAGAGUGUUAUCUUUGUGUCUAAAGAUUGACGAAAACAAAGUUGACAAUAUGCUUGAUGGUUUAUUACAAGCCAUAUCCUCUGAAGACCCGCAAGACAUUGACACCGAUGAAAUGCAAGAUUUCUUAAAAAAGCAUGCUUCAUAA